UCUAAGAGAAGUUCAAUUCGUACUUUAUAUUUUAUAUUGUAGUUGAGCUUAUAUUAAAACACAAUGGAUCGACUUGGCAGCAAACUGAAGCAAAAGCUCAAACUGAGUGACUCUGGAAGUGUCAAAUUCAGCAAAAAGAAAAAUGACUUGGCCAACGCAAAUAACAACAGUAAUAGCAACAAUGCCAAUAAUGGAACCGCGACACAGAUCAAUGCACCCGUGAGCACGUCUCAGUUCCCUCUCUCCUCCGUAGAGGUGUGUGGACAGUCAGCUGGAAGACCUGGUAAAGUGGGCACUUCUCAGAGAAUCACACCCUCAAAUACCACCUCGGCCUCUGUACCUGAGGACUGUGGGCCUGGGAUCGAACAUCACCCGUCUACUCUCGCCCCUCUUCGGCGCCGGUCGCCCCAGCAGCGAGCAUCGUGCUACUUGCCCGAAACGGCGGAGGGCCGCAGUAUGUGUGACCAGUUGAGACGAGGCGAAGGUGACCCGCUGGGGGCGUACAGCCCGAAUUCUCGUGUGGCCUUGAAGCAGCGCCGUUAUUCUCUGGAGCUCCAGCAGCUUGUUCGCCGCCAACAGCUUCUCGCCCAGCCGCCUCCGCUGUCGUCUGUACCACCUCCGUACCCGUACCCCCGUUCGUCUGCCGUGGAGCCUAGCUUCCUCCACGACUUAGAGCGUCAUAAGCGAUUGUCCCUGCAGGAAGCUCUGUUCUACAAGCGUUUGAGUUCGGGUGGCGAACCCUGGGACAGCGGACGCCCUGCUUCCCUCUCUCAUCCACCGCAGAGGACCCAUGACAGUGGCGUAGGGGGUUUCUUCUUCCCCCCUGCACCAGCGUUGAGCCCCUGCUCUUCUUUCAGCUUGCAGGAGUCCGUGUUGGCGAGCCCUCGGUCCAGUUUUGCUAGCAGUACCGCAAGUGGAGGAGGCGGCGGGAGUCCCAUGGGAAGUCGGUGCAGCAGUAACCGGACGAGCGGCAUCAGUUUGGGCUAUGACACCCGCCAUACACCUGGGCCCGGCCAGCAGCUACAGCUCUCCUCGACCCAACUAGGUGGCGCCACCUCGGGUCAGGUGUACUCUGUACUGGCAUCAGGGAAAACUGGAGUGCCCCCUGUGGAGAUUUGGAGGGAAACAGUGUCUGGAGGAAGUGCGCACGACAGCCGUCACUCGUAUCCGCCUGCACUGAGCACACACACUGCAACCUUCCACCGAGCAGAACCAGAAUGGGGUCCCAUUGACCAGCGGGGAUCAAGAGGUGACGAUGUGGGCGAGAGGGCACGACACUCCGACUUGCCAGGAACCCGCUACCAGCAGGAGCUCACCCGCCUGAUAUUGAGAGAUGCUGCCCUGGAGGGAGAAGCGUUACUUGGGGGUCUGACGUUAAAAGAACAACCUGUGUCUACCACCAUUCUAGCCAGCUCCGCAUCUACCCCAGCCACGGCCGGAGUUCCAGGGAAAUCCCUGGAAGAACAGUCAGCUGGAAGGGAAUCGUCGAUAUCUGCGGACAGACAGGAGUACUUCGGUACAUGUGUGAAGUGUGGUAAAGGCGUAUAUGGUGCAGAUAAUGCUUGCCAGGCUCUGGACAGCCUGUAUCACACCCGCUGCUUCAUAUGCGUUUCCUGUGGGCGAACUCUCCGAAACAAGGACUUUUACAAUGUCAGUGGCUCGGUUUACUGUAAGGAGGAUUACAUGUUCUCAGGCUUCCAGGAUGCAGCUGAGAAGUGCAGUGUUUGUGGUCACCUCAUCUUGGAGCAGAUUCUGCAGGCUCUAGGAAACUCUUAUCACCCAGGAUGUUUCCGCUGUACGGUCUGCUCAAAGGCUUUGGACGGAGUGCCAUUCACAGUGGACUACCUCAACAACGUCUUCUGCGUCUCUGACUACAACAGGACAUUUGCUCCCAAAUGCGCUGCCUGUUUACAACCCAUAUUACCUGCUGAGGGCAGUGAGGAGAUCCUCAGGGUGGUGUCAAUGAACAAAGAUUAUCACUUUGAGUGCUAUCACUGUGAGGAGUGUGGGAAGCAGCUGUCUGAUGAGCUUGGAUCUCAGUGCUUCCCUCUGGAUUCCCACCUCCUCUGCCACUCUUGCCACAUGACCAGGGUGUGUCACACAUAACCCUUCCCCUCACGACACACACUGAAAUGAGAACUAAUGUGCCUGACCAACAUAAACUACUUUGUAUUCAUAUGCACACUAGUGACCACUGUAAAUUGUUGCCUUUCUAAUGUGUGUCUCUUCUAUGGCAACUCUAUUUUUGAAGAUAGUAAGAGGGGAGAAAACACUCUUGCUGAGACAUGAGGUCAUAGUACAUUUCAAAUGCAAAUACCAGCACUGGUAAAAACUAUAUCACCCCCUAGUGGCUGGGAAAUGCAGCAACUGAAUCCUGCUGAACAAAAUAUUUCUAUACAAGUUCUCGGAGUUUAAGAUUAUCACCCGCUUCAUUACUAGAGGGAGUUGAAAUAUCACAGAACACUGUUUUACUCCCAUAUCUACUGUUUGCUGUAGGGAAAGAACAAGGGAUUUUUUUUUUGCUUAACAUUUUUUUUAUAUUUAAUAUCACUAGCAAAGAUUUUGCACUUAAACAUGUUUACCUAUUAAGAGAUUUUUUUUUUAAUAAAGUGAUUGCAAAAGGUUAAAAACAUUCCUGUAUCUGUUUUAAUUAAUAAAUAUCUGUGUGU